ACAUUAAAAAUCGCAGCACUCCCAUUGAGCAUUGAUUGUGCUGAGCCCUCUUUAUUUUAACUUGUUCGCCACAUGGACGUUUCGAAACGCCUUAAAGAUUGCACUGUUCAACCCCAACAAAAGGAAAAGCUCGACGGCUUCCGAAGCGUUCUUGACGACAUUCUGUCGUCUACGCCCCUGGGACCCGAUCAAAUACAACACCUCAAGGAUUACGUGGAAUCCGCUUUGAACGAGCAAGUAGGAUUAGUAGUGUCGCGCCAACUCUUAGGCGAAUUCAUCGAUCUCUUCGACAACCGAAUCGCCGACACUGAAAUCCAAAAGCAGCUCUUGUCAUUUGCGAUUGACCAAGCGAACCCUCGAGCUGUCAGUUUCGAAGAGCAGCUCUCACGACUCAGAGAAAAGCUUGCUGGUGUGUACGAAGCAGAAGAAGACUUCCUCGAGGCUGCCAAAGUUCUUCAAUCCAUCCAGCUUGAUUCGGGACAUCGUGCCAUUUCGGACGACUAUAAGCUCCAAGUAUAUAUUCGCAUUGUACAGCUGCUCCUCGAAGUUGACGAACCUGUUCCCGCGGAAACGUACCUCAACCGUGCGGCAUUACUGAUACCAAACUCGACGGAUUUCGUACUGGGCCUAAAGUUCAAGUUGUCCCAGGCACGCAUUCUCGAUGCAAAGCGCCGUUUCUUGGAAGCCGCAUCAAAAUACCAUGAGCUCAGCUAUGUUGCGCAACUCGAUGAGGAUGAACGUAUACAAUGCUUAACUGCUGCAGUUCAAUGCGCGGUGUUGGCAGGGGCAGGUCCACAACGCUCUCGUACUCUAGCAACACUCUAUAAGGACGAACGAACACAUCAUCUCUCUUCAUUUCCGGUACUCGAAAAGACAUACAUUGAACGUGUUAUUCGACCCGAACAAGUUGCAGAGUUCUUUUCCACCCUUAAGCCUCACCAUCGUGCAAAGCUCGGCGACGGUACCACCGUGCUCGACCGCGCUAUUCGCGAACACAACUUGCUGUCUGCUUCUAAAAUCUACAAUAACAUCACCUUUGACGAAUUGGCUUCUUUGCUCAACGUAUCGAGUGACAAGGCCGAAGACAUUGCAUGCCAGAUGAUCACCGAGAACCGUAUGGUCGGCAGCAUAGAUCAGUUGGAGCGCCUUAUUUCGUUCGAGUCAGGUGGUGCAGCACACAACGAGCGUAAUGCAGACUCAGCCAUCACCAUCGCAGCAGCAGCAGCCAAUGGAACCCAACAAACGGAUCAUCGUAUCGAGCCAUCCAUGCUGGAAAUUUCGAAAUGGGACUCGGCUAUUCAAACACUUUGUCAUGAUGUGGAUGCAGUGAUUGCUGCUAUCAACGAGAAAUACCCUGAAUAUGUAUCGAAGAACUUUGAAGCCAUAGCUUAGUGAUGUGACUCUCUCCUCUUUCUUUCUUAUUCCCAUUGAACUCUUUGUAAAUAAAUACAUAGUCCUUUUUAGCGCAUUUCAACAAACAUUUCCUUUUUUCUUAAUUCUACCAUACAUUGCUCUAUCUGUUUGGAGUGACAUAAGUUCCUUCCUGUUAUACAUAAAAAAUUAGUGGAUCGACGUAUGGUGCAGGAACGAC